GUCCGACUUGCUGGUGCCACUCUUGACCCAAAGUCAACGUCAGAGCAUCAAGACGACCAAAACUUUACCAGCUGCGACGAGAGGCAGGCUCAAAACCUUUUUUUUUUUUUGUGUUUUGCAUUUUCUUUGUGCAAGUUCGAAUCAACAUGCAGGAGAACAGUGGCGUCCCACAGAGGAAACUUUCUCUUUGCGUUCUGAUGCUGCUGCUGCUCCUGUUGCAGCAGGUGUGCUCGGGUCCGUUGGCCUCGCCGGUGCAGAGUCCAUACUCGGCGCACAAGAGAUUAGCCCGCAUGAGCCCGCUGUGGAGGAUCAUGAACAGCAAACCUUUUGGUGCUUUUUGUCAGAACAACUAUGAAUGCUCCACUGGACUCUGCAGGAUGGGACGCUGCUCUAACCACCAGCCGCCACCCUCCGAGCCCCUCAACGACUAGAAGCAACCGAGGGCAGGAA